GUAGAAGAAAGUAGCUCAUCGUAAAUUCAUUGCUCACUGAUUUUUUGCUAGCUAACUCCCAGCUCAAAACAAUGGCACUCGUCACAGGCAGUGGUAUCGCAGCUCUCUCUUCUUCCUCGCUCAUCUCCAACAAGCUCCGUGUCCAAUCGAAAUCGCCCACAAGCUUCAUCGGCACAAGAAAUCUAGUAGUAGUAAGAGCGUCCUCGAACAAAUCAAGGGAUGGUGGUGAUGGCGGCAUCAGUGGCGUUCUUGACGGCACCAAGAAGGAGAUCACCCGCGAGGAGGUGCUCAAGAACCAGGCCGAGAACGAGUCGGAGAAGCGCUCCGUGUUUGGAGCCGUCCCAUCGUCCGGAUCGCUCUAUCCCAGGCCAGAGGUCGAGAGGCGACCAGAGACUGGAGAUCGAUCGUUCCCCAGCUUGAUGGCGUUCGAUGGAGCCGGCCCGGAAACGAUCAACGGAAGACUGGCAAUGAUUGGAUUGGUGUGGGCAUUCGCGGUGGAGCGAAUGACGGGACAAACCGUGGCGGAGCAGCUCUACUCGCCGGGGAGCACUGGUCUUUUCCAUUUCUUGGCAGUGGCACAGCUAUUCGCGUACGCGUCGCUGGUGCCCAUGUUUAAGGGCGAGAGCCCGGACAGCAGAUCGUUUGGGCCAUUUAGAGCCAUGGCGGAGCGCUGGAAUGGGCGAACCGCGAUGCUUGGCUUCCUCGCCUUGGUGAUCACCGAGUUUUUUACCAAGACUCCAGUGUUCCACAUGAUGUAAAUUUAAUAGUUCUUAAACUGUUCUAGAUUUCAUUCUUUACAAAGAUUGCUGCGUGAGAACGAUGUGUUGGAAAAUGGAUCUGGACAGGCCGGGGAUUGAACCUAGGACCGAUGUGUUGGAAAAUGGAUCUGGACAGGCCGGGGA